UCAGCGAUCAAACUUCGAGGUUUUUGCAUGGAUUUUCCCUCGUGAGUCUUGGUGCGGGCGUUGUUUCGGUUGUUUCAGCUUUUUUCCGUUCUCAUACUUUCGUCACAGUCACGCGAAUUAGUGUUUCAAUGGCAAUAUUCUGAGGCCAUAUAGAGUAUAAGCAAAAAUCUACUGAUAAAAAUUGUGAUUAGUCAACUGUUGCGCUGUUAACACCUGCCCGUUAAGUGCUAACAAAAUGCCACGACUUCAAACAAUAUUCGUCCUUCUAGCUGUGAUUCUGUUGCACACGUCCAUCCGGGCUCACUCCCAAUCCGACGAACUCAAGCUAAAGCGGGACGUUCAUCGCCCGAGAGCAGUCUCGGUGUCUGACCUUGAGCUUCUUUCGAACCUUUCUCGUAAAAGUGAACUUAAUGAGAUACUUAAACAUCUGCUAGUGGAACGAGUGGUUGGGACUUCUGGCCAUGAUAAUGUAAAGAACUACAUCGUAGACUAUCUGAAGAAGCUGAAUUGGAAGGUGGAGUUGGACGAAUUCGAGGACCAAACUCCCAUUUUUGGAAAACUGAAAUUCGCUAACAUAGUUGCUACUUCGAAUCCGAAUGCUGAGCGUUUCCUGGUGUUGGCUUGUCAUUAUGACAGUAAAUACUUCCAGAAUCAAGUAUUUAUCGGAGCUACGGAUUCGGCCGUGCCCUGUGCGAUGAUGUUGGAUCUGGCGAAGUCGUUAGAGCGACAGUUGGACGCGAAAAAGUCUGACAACUCGUUGAGCUUGCAGUUGGUUUUCUUCGAUGGGGAGGAAGCAUUCCAGCAGUGGGGCCCAACGGAUUCCAUCUACGGAGCCCGACAUCUGGCGGCACGAUGGGAGGCCGAGGACAAGCUCAAGCAAAUCGAUAUGUUGGUGCUGUUGGACUUGAUCGGAACGCCCGAUCCGAGUUUCUACAGCUACUUUAAAAACACCGAGAGUUGGUACGCUCAACUUCUGUCAGCCGAGGAACGGCUGGAAAGGGCUGGUCAUUUGGAGCGUUACACCUAUAGCAGCGUCACGCCGAAUCGUCAGACGGUACGUUACUUUCAACCGCACUCGUACUUCGCACACAUCGAGGACGACCACAUUCCGUUCCUGCAGCGAGGGGUUCAGAUUUUGCACAUCAUUCCGAGCCCCUUCCCGGACGUUUGGCACAAGCUGAGCGACGAUGGCAGCGCCGUCGACAUCAGCACCGUUCAGAACUUAAUCAAGGUCUUCCGGGUGUUCUUGGCCGAGUAUCUGCAUCUGUCGGCAUGACGAAUGGAGGAGACAGAGAUCGACACAAGGGAUGAGUUUUGACGAUCCAGUGAUAAUUUUUGUCGUUCCGCCUGGGUGAGGGGUAAAAUUAUUUUAACGAGUUUUUACUACGGCUGUACUUUAUUAGCGACUUCAAUGCUUUGAUUUUGUGCAAUUCCAUAAUCCACUGUUUUCAAUUGUGAUUGUAUAUAGUCAAGAUAGUUUUUAGUUCAAAGCGAGGACUAUUUGAGGCGGCCAUCGGUCUGAUGCCAUCCGCAAACAAAAGGUGAUAAAAAAUGUAUUGUAAAAUAGUAUGAAUUGGUAUAAACAUUAACAUAUUUUAAACAGACAAUGGCAAUAACAAUUUUUAACCAUACCAUAGGAAAAUUGGCAUUAUGUAGCAAUAAAGACAUUCGUCAUUUUGAUA